AUGUUCGGUAACGGAGGCUUAGCUCUCCUGGUCUGUUCCUUUCUCCUGCUACACCUCCCGGUUCUCCCGCUCACCAGCAACUGGCCCGUUAAGGACAGAAGGGAAGGGAGGGUGGAGCAACGUAGCACCCAUCUACAGUCACACUGCUCUGGGAUUCAGCAUGUCAAACAGACAGGCAACAAGGAGGAGGUGUUUCAGUGGUGGGGAGAGUGGUCCAGUUGGUCCUCUUGUUCCAGGAGCUGUGGAGGAGGAGUGAGGAGUCAGGAGAGACACUGUCUCAUACAGAGGCUGUCCACCACCCAGAACAUAAACAGUUCCUACUGUGUCGGAUCUCCCAAACAGUAUCAGCUCUGUCCUCUCCAGCCCUGUCCCAGCCCCAGUGUAAGCUUCAAACAGCACCAGUGUUCCCAAUUCAAUUCUAAAGCCUUUGGAAGAAGAUACUACCAGUGGAUCCCUCUUUACCCGGCUGACUACAUCAGCAUCUCCAACAAGCCAUGUGACCUGCAGUGUACCACCAUGAGUGGGGAGCGGCAGCUGCUGGUUCCGGCCCAUGAUGGUACAUUCUGCCGCGAUACCAAAUACCACGGAGUCUGCAUAGAGGGGAAAUGCCAGGCUGUGGGCUGUGAUGGGGAGCUGUACAGCAGUAGGGCAGUAGACAGGUGUGGAGUGUGUGGAGGCAACGGGACAUCCUGCCAGCGCAUCUCUGGAUCAUACAGGAAGGCACUCACACAGUUAGGCUAUGUGUUCAUCACCAACAUCCCUGCUGGAGCUUCAGACAUUCAGAUCAUCGAGAGACACAAGACCGAGAACAUCCUCGCCCUGUCAGAUGAAGCUGGUCAUUUCUUCUUCAACGGAAACACAGUGUUUGACAACCCACAAAACUUCCAUGUGGCAGGAACAGUGAUUAAAUACCGUCGUCCAGGCAACGUGUUCUCUGAUGGGCUGGAAUACAUCAUCGCCCAGGGACCCACGCUGCAGGGCCUCAAUGUUAUGUACUACAACCUGAAUGGGAAGCUCCCCCACAUCACCUUUGAAUAUACCAUCCCCCGCACACCUGAUGACAUCACCGCUGCAGAAAUCCUCACUACAGGAAAUGUGAACCUCACUUAUAGUGGGGUGAACGGGGAUGUGAUAGCGACCAAUCACAGCAGAGGGAGCGGGACAUCUGUCAAUCACCAAUCAGAUGUUCAGCUGCAGGAACAGGAAGAGGAGGAGGAAGUGUGGGAGAUCAGGACCCCCAGCCCCCCUCCUCCUGCUGCCAUCCUGCUGUACAGAGCUGCUGAUGUCACCAGUCAUGUGUUCAGGCAUAAUGAUGUGGAGGAGCCAGGACCCCCAGCACCCUCUGGAUACCGAAGUUCCUCCAACUCGAUUGACGAGCCCUCCGCUGCAGAUGACAACACUCUGGUGCUCUCCUUCUGCGUGUCCUCUGCAGCGCUGCCAGAAGACGCCCCCUUUCUGCUGCUGGAGGACUUGCACUACAACCAGACACACUUACACACACACUCCCUCACUCAGUCAAACACACACUCUGUUGAUCACACACUCACUGAUCCACUCUCACUAGCACAAACAGACACACAUUCAGACAUGCUCACAGACACACACUCUGUCACACACACAGAGAGAGAAAGUGGCACACACACUGGCCUCCUGGUGCAGCUGCAGCAGGGGCCCGCCGUCCAGGCUGCCAACACUGAGAGUAAUGACUUUGAUGUGGGUCUGGAGCCUGACAUCAGUCUGGCUGACAUGUACCGCUGGAAGGUUUCUGCUUAUGCUCCCUGCAGCUCCACCUGUACAACAGGUAUCACCACCAGCUAUGCCCUGUGUGUGCGGUAUGACGGCAGUGAGGUGGACGACAGUUACUGUGACUCUCUGACCAGACCUGAGCCCACACAUGAGUUCUGCACCGGGAAGGAGUGUCCUCCAAGGUGGGAGACCAGUGGGUGGAGUGAGUGCUCCCGGACGUGUGGCGAGGGCGUUCAGUAUCGGACGGUGCGCUGCUGGAAGAUGCUGUCGCCUGGACUCGACUCGUCCGUCUACGACUCCCUGUGUUUGUCACAUGACCUCCACAAACCGGCCAAUAGGAAGGUCUGCCACGGCCAGAGCUGCGGCCCCCAGUGGGAGGUGUCCGAGUGGACAGAGUGCUCAGCGCGCUGUGGCUCACGGGCCGUUCGCACUCGGGAGGUGCGCUGCUCCAUGGAGAUGAGACUGUGUAACAAGUCCUCUCAGCCAAUAGAAAGUGAGGAAUGUGAAGCCCCACCCUGCGACAGAAGAUGGACCUUCUCCGACUGGGGGCCUUGCUCCGGUGUGUGUGGAGAGGGGAGGAUGGCGCGCGCGGUGACGUGUCGAUCGUCGGAGGGGGUGGUGAUGUCAGAGGAGCAGUGUGACCAAUCACUGCGCCCCCUGGCCAUAUAUCCCUGUGGAGACAGAGACUGCGCCCCCCACUGGGUGGAACAGGAAUGGCAACAGUGUAAUGCUACAUGUGGUCGUGGGGUGCGGCAGCGGCAGGUGGUGUGUGCCGGGCUGGAGGCUGGUGUGUUCAAAGAGUCUCCAGACAGCAGCUGUGAGCAGAGCAGCAGACCGGAGAGCAGCUCCUCCUGCUUCCAGAGACCCUGCUCCAAGUGGUUCACCACGUCCUGGUCCCAGUGCAGUAAGACCUGUGGGAGUGGCGUCCAGGUUCGGGAGGUAAAGUGUUACCAGGGGGAGGAGCUUGUAACCAGGGGCCACAGCUGCGAUUCGGCCCUCAGGCCAGAAGCCAGGCAGAGCUGUGAGAUCCAGAGCUGUCUGACGGAGGCUCCAGUGGCGGCCCCCGCAGCAGUGGUAGAAGACUCCUGCCAAGACAAGCCGACAGCCAACUGUGCCCUGGUCCUGAAGGUGAAGCUGUGCUCCCACUGGUACUACAGAAAGGCCUGCUGCCAGUCCUGCAGGGGCCCCCGACCCUGAGGCCAGAUAUCCCAUUACACUCACACUGGUGCUACACAAAAGCCUGCUGCUAGCAAGGAAAGGCCCUCCCACACGCAUUUACCCGUGUAUCUCCUGUCAAUGUCACACCUGUUACUCUUCAUCCUGUUUCCUGCUUCUGUAUCAUCACUACUACAGAACACGUGCAGUAACUGAAAAAGGUUCCUGCUCAGCCUGACAGAGGCAGUGUGAUACUAAAUCUGUUCCUCCUGUCCAGAGAAUGUGGAAACUGAUACACUCAUUGACUUUAAUCUGAAACAGAAAGAGCAAACCACAUCCUUCCAUUUCUUCUUCACCCCUGUUCGUCUCGCUGUCACUCUCUACAUCUUACGGACUAAAAACAUCUCCACACUUUCUCCAUCACCGCAAGUAGCCCCCAUCCCACUUCAACGGGGUGCUGUGUAGUAAAUGUAGCCACUCCUUCAGGUGCUCUGUCCCCCCGAGAGCCAUGAGGCACAGACUGGACCGGGACACACCUUGUUUUGUGAGAAACAGCACAGCCUAAUGCCCCGGUGUUACUCUAACUUUACUGUAGCUCCUUUUAGAUGUUAUUUUUUUGUACCAGCUGAUCCAUGUGUCAGUGCCUAAAUCUUCACACUAUUCUUUCCACAUACGCAGCAGAGCUCUACGGUGCAGCAGGUGCAAACACGCUACAACAUCCCAAAACACUUGACUUAUGAGAAACGUGGUGCAACAUUAGAAACAAUGCAACUGUGCACAAGUUGACGUUCAGGAAUAAUAAAGUUGGCCAACUGUCUGUUAUCAGAGUGUUUUGCCAGUGUAUUUGAAAUGAGUAAGUUAGUUAUUUUUGCUAGCUAGCUUACAGCAGAUCUGCAAUAAUAUCAGAAGGACUCAUGUGACCACAUUGUUAAAAUAAGCCAAUAAAACUUUCAUUUUAGUUAGUCAACAACAGUGACAGUUGGUAAACGUUAUAAUCUCUGAACAUCACCAAGCACUCCAGUCAGAGGUGUGUGCAUCACUUUUUAGUAUCCCCUUUUUUCCGUUGUGUUUUGAACUUCUUUUAAAAAUUGGCUUUGUUCCAACAAUUUUUUGGCACAAUUGUAGGGGUUUUGCAUGUUUGUUUGAACUGUAGCGCGUUUCUUUUAAUGGAAGUGGUUUGGGCCGUUGUAGCACAUUUGCAUCUGUCGGCCACCGUAGGAAUACUCUUGGAUGUGGGAAAAGUGAUACAGUUUGCAGUGCAAAAAAUGAAAGUUGCUGUGAAAAGCAGCCGGUGCAGCAACACCUGCUCUCCUCCUGUAGACCUCUCCAGAAUGAAAUGAAAGCACGUCACUGGAGACGAGUAGAAGAAGAAACA